AUGAUUGACAAGUUUAAUGUCAUGAAGGGCGACAUGAUUGACAAGUUUAAUGUCAUGAAGGGCGACAUGAUUGACAAGUUUAAUGUCAUGAAGGGCGACAUGAUUGACAAGUUUAAUGUCGUGAAGGGCGACAUGAUUGACAAGUUUAAUGUCGUGAAGGGCGACAUGAUUGACAAGUUUAAUGUCAUGAAGGGCGACAUGAUUGACAAGUUUAAUGUUAUGAAGGGCGACAUGAUUGACAAGUUUAAUGUCAUGAAGGGCGACAUGAUUGAUAAGUUUAAUGUCAUGAAGGGCGACAUGAUUGACAAGUUUAAUGUCAUGAAGGGCGACAUGAUUGAUGUCAUGAAGAGUCUUCCUAGCAGUGUUUUUGUUUUCUUGCACCUGUAUUAA